CUUUUCCCACCUAUAUAUACAAGUCUCCCCCUUCUCAAAUUCUCAUCUUAUUUUUGUUGUUAUGUAUUGAUUUUUGUUUUCCAUUUAUCAUGAGCAAUAUCCCAAGAUCUCUCACCGACUCUUCCUUAACUCUUUUCAAUCUCACCAUAUCAUCCUCCGAUCCUUGGCCUUUCUCUUUUGUUUUCUUAUAACACAAAUAUCUCCAAAUACUCUCUUUUUUUUUCUUUUUUUUCCUUCAAUUUUCUUUUGGAAAAAAAAUAUAUAAUUUUUUCUACCUUUUGAAUUAUGGGGAUUAUUAGUGUGGAACAUCAUAAUAAUCAAAAGCAUAAUCAAAAUCAGCACCACUUGAUGAGUUUUCAUUUGCACAUUCCUCACAUAAACUUUCAUCACAACAAUGAAAAGAAGGACAUUCCAAAAGGGUGUUUGGCAGUGAUGGUUGGACAAGGAGAGGAGCAACAAAGGUUUGUGAUACCUGUGAUUUACAUCAACCAUCCUUUGUUUAUGGAGUUGUUGAAAGAAGCUGAAGAAGAAUAUGGAUUCGAUCAAAAAGGACCUAUUACCAUUCCUUGCCACGUGGAAGAGUUUCGAACCGUUCAAUACAUGAUUGAUAGUGAUAGGGAGAAAUCUCACCACCAUCAUCAUGCUUGGUGCUUUAAAGUUUGAUUCAAUAUUAUUAAUUAUUAAUUACUAGCUUAUUGAGAAAAUAAUUAGUAUGUAUACAUGACAUUUUAAUGUUUUUUUUCCUCUCAAUUUUCUCCAAUUGUGUUGAUAUGAUUUGGCAACGAAAAUGUUGGAUCUGGAUUUGUAUUAAUAAAAUUUGAGUGUAAUUGUUUGAUAUCAAUGGAAAAAAUGGAAAGAGAAUGAUAUUGUGAUGAGAAUAUAUAAAAAAUAUUUAUGUUGA